GGGGCAGGGGGGAGGAGUCCGCGCUUCCACUGGAAGAUGGCGGCAGUACACAAGGCGGCGAGCGUCGCGGUCAAAACCGUGAAGCCCAUCCUGUCCCGGGACGUGGACGAGGCCAAGCGCAGGGCCCGGGACCUUUACAGGGCGUGGUACAGGCAGGCGCCCGUCGCGGUGCAUUGUUUCCAGCUGGACAUCACCACAAAGCAAGCAAGAGAUAAAGUGCGCGAGAUGUUCAACAAAAAUGCUCUCGUGUCCGACACACGAGUCAUUGACAUGCUGGUCAUCAAGGGAAAGAUGGAGUUGGAUGAGACCAUCAAUGUGUGGAAGCAGAGGACGCACAUUAUGCGAUACUUCAAAGAGUCUGAGAAACCGCGACCGACUGACUUUUUGUCCAAGUUCCUUGCGGGACACAACCCUUGACAGCAAGAUACCACCUUUUACACAAGAGCUAAGAGACCCGUGCACAGUAUGGGCCGUGGAUAUGAUUUGAGAAGCAACAUUAAACGUUACUUCAUUAGCAAGGAUGAGCCAUCACAAAUGUUACAAAGUGCUAAUGUAUCUGAUAUGGCCCAUACAUUCACAAGUUAAUUUGUUCAUGCAAGACAUUCACUAUAUGUUAUAAGUCUGCCUGUAAGAUGUAAACACUACUUGUUAUUUUUGAAAUUAAGGUAAAAACACCCUUGUUUUUUUCCUGAAAUAAGCAAUACAUAAAUUGAAAUUGGUGUUUCUAGGCUGAUAGGAAAACAAAUACCACACCAACAUGCAACAUUUUUACUAUUUACUCAUUCUAAACUUCAGUUUGAAUAUCUUGAGCACUUUGUGAUAACUGUUAUGACUAACACUUGUUACCUGUUAAUAGCAUGCCAUACACUGGGUUAAUGUAUGUGUUGCAAAACCUUCCUGCAUUGUGUCGUUGUGGAUAUAAUGCCAAGCAUGAAUAAAACUCUGAAAAUGA